CGGCGAGUGACGCGCGCCGCGCCUCGCGCACGCGCCCGACUAUCGAGCGGCAUGUGCCUCUCGCAGCCGGUCGACCGCUCCGCCCGACCGAUUCACACUUUUUUAUUUUCCCACCGAACGUAACCACCGCUGUGACAUCUCCAUUUUCACACAAAAGCCCGCUCGAAACGUGAACGCGACCACAACCCGCGCCCGGCGGGCCUCAUCGCCAUCUCCGCUGUUACGAGUCGUGCCCGUCGAUACCAAAAUGGCAGGACGAAGGGUCCGGGGCCGCGCGCGAGUCCGCCUCUGACCGAGCGGUGUUGUUCCCAGCAGUGUCUCGUUAUAUAAAUGUUACGCAAGUUGAUCUCGGAGUGGCCACGACGAGGUGCAUCUGUUGUUCCACGAACUAAGUCCCGUGCUGUGUCCUGGAGCCCAUGUAACCCGCCACACCACACGACUGCACUAAAAUGAGUGGGUACGGCACAAGUAUGUCGGGGAGUGGGGACACAGACGCGCUUGCCCGGCGACUGAGGGAUGCGGAGCGGGCUCGCGCGGAUGCUGAGCGGGCGCAUGCUGACGCGCUGGCCCAGCUCCGCGCCGCGCAACGGUCCCCCAUCGACCAGCACAACGUCGAACAACUACAAUCCAGAGCCAGGGAACUUGAGAAGAAGGCUGCCUUAGAGACAGUACGGUGCGAAGAGCUUCAACUAGAACUGUCAGCAGCAUUGCGCGCGCGUGGCCAGGGCGGCGUCACCACGUGGUCUAACCAGUCCGCACAACCAGCCUCCGAGAUCGAGCGCAUCAUGGCUAAAAUCGAGCAGGACAACCGCAUCCUAGCUGAGCUUGAACAUACUAGGUCUACCACGCAUGGUAUCCAAUCAAGUGGGUCAAACCAGGCGUUAGGGGAGUAUCACUCCCCAACACCAUCACCCCUGCCCCACUCGUACGGCAGCUCGGCAGGCCACGCCGCCAUCUGCCAGAGCAGCACUAUGCCCACGCUGUCCUCGCUCCACGCGACCGGCCAGUUCACGGCCCCCAGCUCCAACUCCGUCGCAUACUCCAUGAGCGCGCACAACCCCACGUCUUACUCGAACCCCGUGUCCGCCUACUCUAAUACCUACGGCCUCCCCAACACCCACCAAGUCACCUUCACCAACCCCGUCACGGCACCACUCGUCAACAAUAUCGGUCAAAUUUCAAGCACACUAGCUGGACUACAGAGUAACUUACAAAACUUAACCGGUAAUGUGACGUCUCUGAACCUGGGCACGGGCAUGGCUCCCGGCAUGACGGGGACUAUAUCGGGCUCGGGUUUAACUAGCUGUUUAAACAAUGCGCAAACCAAUUUAUCAGGCGGGCUGACGAGUACGUUGGGUGGACUCCCGUCGACGUUAACUAGUGGGUUAGGAAAUGCUCUCUCGAACUUGACUGGAACGCAACUCGGAGGGCUUAACACGAGUUUAGGCGCUACGAGCGCUUACGGAACUGGGACAGGGACGUACACAAAUCCCCUCCUCUCCGGCGGACUCGGAACAAAUCCUAUGAAUAUAAAACUUAAACCUCUAGAUGAUAUAGACCUCGGUAUCAGUAGAUAUGCGAACACGGCGGGAGUGGGGCGGGUGGCCACGCCGGUCACACCUCACCAGCCCACCUGGAAUUUAGGUUUAGAUAGCCAAUUUGCAACUGAUAGACUAGGCUUAGACUCCGGCUUCAGCCACGAUCGGAACCAACGAGCUAUCGCGCGGAUUAUGCCUAACACCGGCAUGGAUUUGGAAGUUCGUAAUUCAUCACAUUACAUGAAUGGCGCCACAGAGACAGUUGACAUGUUGGAUAUACCGGGGAAGGGUCGUUGUUGUGUGUACAUCGCUCGCUUCUCGUACGACCCUCCUGAGAUUGAGAGCGCGGAAGGUGAAUUGUCGAUAAGUGCUGGAGACUAUUUACUAGUAUGGGGUCCUCCAGACCCAAAUGCAUCAAUGCUUGACGCCGAAUUAUUGGACGGACGCCGCGGCUUGGUACCCGCCAACUUCGUCCAAAGGUUGAUUGGGGACGACUUGUUGGAAUUCCAUCAGGCGAUUGUGUCGACAUUGCGAGAUGUCGAUGAAGCAACUACAGCGAUAAGCGAACUGUCUAUCAGUCGUGAUGUCGCUCGAUUAAGCGAAGUUGCUGAAUUAAGCGAUGGAGCCGAAGACGACGACAAUGCGCCGCGGCAGCUCACCCUGGAGAGGCAGCUCAACAAGUCCGUGCUCAUCGGCUGGACUGCUCCUGAGGGAGUGCAGCAAGCCAACAUCGAGAGCUACCACGUUUACGUCGACGGGGUCCUCAAGACGACUGUCAAGGCCUCGGAACGCACUCGAGCACUUGUAGAAGGAGUAGACUCGAAUCGGGUUCGAACAGUGAAACCGGGGGUGUACCGUCAUACUAUCACAGGUUUAUCACCAAGCACACAGUAUCGGGUAACCGUAAGGGCUAAGCAUUUAAGAGCUGGUCCUCCACAGUCUGGGAUUCCAAUCGAGGAGGCUCCAGGAGCUUACACAGACUUCAGGACUCUGCCCAAGGGACUGCCGGAUCCACCAAAUGAAAUUAUGCGACCCCUAUUUGUAAUGUCAGCUACUCCCUCGAUGUGGCUUAGUUCAACGUUGGCCCACAUGUUAACAAAGUUGGAACCCAAUUGGCUUGCCUCACGUUUGUUGGCUGGAUUGUUGGUGGUGAUUGGUGCGGUGUCGCAGGUGGAAGCGGGACCUCAGGACGGGACCCUGCUGGUGACUUGGCAGCCAGUCCUGCGCCCGCCCGCCUCGGGCCCGGUCACUGGGUACGCUGUGUACGCCGAUGGCAAGAAGGUGACCGACGUGGAUUCUCCAACCGGUGACCACGCUCUCAUCGACAUUGGCAAACUGAUCGGCCUCAAUCCUAAAUGUGUCACCGUACGUACAAAGUCUCGAGACAGUCAGUCUAGUGACAGUGCGCCGACGCCGAUACCGCCCGCGGUACUGCGCGGUGUAGCGACGCGCAUGCCCCGAGGGCCGGGCCCCGGGCCCAACCAGCCGGGCCCCGUGGGGUACAGGGGCGGCCCCGUGCAGCGCCCCCAGCCCUACCAGCACCACCAGCAAGUUAUAGAGCACGAUGAGAAUCUCUCCGAUAAGGAGAUAUUCCCAUCUGCUAACCGACACGACCCGCACGCAGCUCAGUUCACGACUCAUAGACAUGAAUACAUCACUCAUGAGCCCAAAUAUUCAAACGCCAUCGAACUUUACGGAGCGCGGGGCUCCCACAUAGCUAGCGGUGACUGA